UAUAAUUGUCUUGCAUUUUUUAACCAAUAUCUUUACCAAGUGCAUGUGUUGGUGUUUUGUGUGAAGCAACAGGUAUACACGCAACUGAGUCGCGAUACUAUCGCGCAAAAGAUUGUUUAGUUGUUGUUGAGAUUCUGCUUGAAACGGUCGCGCCGCGCAUGUUUGGACCGUCACUCGAAACCUUUACAGCGGGAAAAAUAAAAUGAAAUGUGUGUGCAUGUGAAAAAAACAAUGCAGUGCAGUCUAUUAAAGGCAUUUAACAAUUAUUAAAUAAAUUUGUGCAUCUAUGAAAACGCGAAACGGCUCGCGGCCAGUUUAUUUUGGAGUACUAUCUUCGGCGCAGGUGUAGCGCGUUUCUCAGCGAGAAGCUUUUCCAAUGCCCAGUGAAUAAAAUGUGAUGAUGGUGUGAGAUACUCGAAUGCUUGACGACAAACCCAAUGACGCAGCGAACACGAGAUAAUAAUUAAACCAAACGAUACAAAUAUAUUAAACUAUUCUAAUUGCGAUGGCAAUGAGUGCGGAUUAAGUGAAACAAAACAAAACAAAAAAAAAGCGGAUAAAUCGCGAAACGAAGAAACUUUCGACCUCGUUCAAAAAAUCGUGGCCAAGAUGCCAAUAAUAACAGCGACGACAACAACAACAGCGACAGCAGCAGCAGCAGCAGCAGCAGCGAGUGGUGCAGUGGCAGCUGCGGUGAUUAAAAGCGGUGCAAAGGCGACGACGGCAGCGCCAACGUCGAGCGAUUAUCUAAUGUUGCAACAUCAGCAGCAGCAGCAACAGUUCAACAGUCAUUAUUAUCAGCAACCGCAGCAGCAGCAGCAGCAACAGUUGGCGCCACCGUCAGUUGUGCUAAAUGCUUCCCACCAACACACACAUUCACAUCCACAUGGACAUCCUGUUGUGGCAGCAGCAGCAGCAGCAGCAACAACAUCAGCAGCGGUGGCAACAACAACCACAGCUGUGGCUAUGGCAUCAACCAGUUUUGCAACAUUUAACGGAAACUCAAGUCUAAAUUCUAACCUUGCCAACGGAAGUAGCCGCAACAACCACAGCAACAAAUUCAAUUGCAACGACGUCAACGACUUAACUGCAACUGGCAACGGCAACACCAACAGCAACAGCCACAGUGAUGGCAACGGUUAUGCCAUGCACAAGGCAACGCCACCGAUGGCCACCUUGGCACCUGCCCCGCCCCUUGGACUGCCGCCACCCGCCAUCAAGAAGACGCAGGCCGCAUCGCUGCACGCGUCACGCGAAGAUGUCGCCUCACUUGGUGGCACCUCAUCGGUCAACAGCCAAGUGUCCGGUCAGUUUAUUGGCAAUGGUAACGGGAGUGGCAACAACAACAUCAUCACCGGCAGCAGCGGCAGCAUUAUUGGAGUCAACGGCGGCGCAGUCAGCGGACGCAGCAUCUUGAAGGGAAGCAAGGAAAACCUGCUGCAGAAUACGUAUUACAAUGGUGAAGGCGGUGGCAGCAGCAUGGGCAGCGAAUGCGGUGGACCAGAGAUCAAUCCGACAAACCACGAAGAUCCCGGCGACGGUCUUGGACCACUGCCUCCCAAAUGGGAGACAGCUUAUACGGAGCGUGGCGAGUUGUACUUCAUAGACCACAACACGGGCACCUCACAUUGGCUGGAUCCACGUCUCUCGAAGUAUCAGAAGAAAUCGCUGGAAGAUUGCUGUGAGGACGAGCUGCCGUAUGGCUGGGAGAAGAUCGAGGACUCCAUGUAUGGCAUGUAUUUUAUCGAUCAUGUGAAUCGCCGUACGCAGUACGAGAAUCCAGUGCUAGAGGCGAAGCGUCGUGCGGCCGAGCAACGACAACAACAACAGGAGCAGCUGCAGCUGCAACAGCAGCAAUCGCAACUGCCACCGCAGCAGCCACAGCAACGCUCCAAGACACCCACAGCGGCAUUAGAAGCGGCGACCAUGCAAACGCCUUUGCCACCCACAUCGUUGCCCAUGUCCAAGCUGCCGUAUAAAUUCACGCGAAAUCCGGCAGAGUUGCAGGGACAGCGCAUCAAUACGACGCUGCUGAAGUCGACGCGGGGCUUGGGCUUCACCAUUGUGGGCAGCGAUGGCAGCAAUGGCAGCGAUGUCGAGGAGUUUCUGCAGAUAAAAACUGUGGUGCCGAAUGGUCCAGCUUGGCUCGAUGGCCAACUGCAGACGGGCGAUGUUCUGGUCUAUGUGAAUGACACUUGUGUGCUGGGUUAUACGCAUCACGACAUGGUCAAUAUCUUCCAAUCUAUUUUGCCAGGAGAGACGGCUGCCUUGGAGGUUUGUCGUGGCUAUCCGCUGCCUUUCGAUCCCAAUGAUCCCAACACUGAGGUGGUAACCACCAUGGCCGUGGAUGGUUUGCCGUGCGAUGCGGAGAAGCAGCGUCGCCUGAAUGUUGAUCUCAACAUAGAUGGCAACUACAAUUUCUUGGAUCUUUCCGGCGAGGGCGGCAGCAAGGCAGCUGGCAGUGGCUUUAUACUGAUGAAGAAACCCGAGUUGUAUACGUUCUCCAUCAUGAAGGGUUCCAUGGGCUUUGGCUUCACCAUUGCAGACUCCGCCUGUGGUCAGAUUGUGAAAAAGAUUCUCGAUCGCAAUUGCUGCACACAACUGCUCGAGGGCGAUGUGUUGCUCGAGAUCAAUGGCAUCAAUGUGCGCAACAAGCCGCAUUUCUAUGUAGUGGAGCUGCUCAAGGAGUGCAGCCAAACCACGCCCACAGCCCUUAAGAUACAACGCACGCCGCCCGAGCAGCCAGCGCCCAGUCAGAGCAAUCAACUGGGCUUGGGCAAUGUGGCUAAGCUGCGCAAGAACUUUGUGGGCGGCACCGGCGGCGGAUUGUUUCGCAGCAAGACACCAACUGCAGAUCUGUACAGCACACAGCCCAAGGAGGUGCUGCCCAUGCGUCCCAAGACGCCACUAGUGGACACGCGACGUGCUCGUGUCCUCACGCCCAGCAAUGAGUUGCAGCAACAGCAGCUAACAGAUGUGGAGACGACAACGGAGAAUAAGGCGCUGCACCUGCAGGCACAGGGCAAAUCGAACAACAGUCUGCAGGAGCUGGACGACAUUCCCUUCAUGGAUCCCUAUCCCAAGAUGGUUAGUCGCCUGAGCGAACGCCUGGCCGAGGCCACGCUCCAGGGUGUUGUCGACGUGGACGUGGAUGUGGACGAUGGUGGCGGCAAUUACAAUCCCAUUUAUGGCCUGCCGCCGAGCAUGCAACCGUUGCCCUUGCCUCUGGCGCAUCACGAGUCCUGCUAUUGCUACGACUGCCAAGCACAGCGCUAUCAACGACCCCAGCAAGCCUCUUCCGCCUCCCAGCUGGGCUACUAUGUCCAGCAGUCAGCUGCAGUCCCUACUGUGCCACCUGGUCAGUACUCGCCAAUGCAGGCGGCACACAUUCAGAACGAACGCAUGCAGCGGCGUGUCAAUGAGCUGCUCAGCGACAGAAGACGCGUGGGAUUUGCCAAUCUGGAGCCGCAGGCACAGCAGCAGCAGUUGACGAUGCCGCUGCAGAUGCAGCAUUCGCCCAGCUGGCGUAAUGGCGCAUUGCUCGAUGUCUCGGAGGAUGCGGAUCAGUGUGAGCUCACCGAGGUGACACUGGAGCGUCAGGCCAUGGGCUUUGGCUUUCGCAUUGUCGGCGGCACCGAGGAGGGCUCUCAGGUGACGGUGGGUCACAUUGUGCCCGGCGGUGCGGCAGACAAUGAUCAGCGCAUUGCCACUGGCGACGAGAUACUCAGCAUCGAUGGCAUCAAUGUGCUCAAUUCAUCGCACCACAAAGUUGUCUCGCUGGUGGGCGAGUCUGCAGUUCGUGGUCAGGUCACAAUGAUACUGCGUCGUCGUCGUGCUCCUCUGCUGCAGCAGGCGCCGCUGGCACAGCUGCGUCGCUAUCCCUACGAUGUGAUUGUGAGUCGUCACGAGAACGAGGGCUUUGGCUUUGUUAUUAUCUCGUCCUCUAACCACUACUAUGGUUCCACAAUAGGCAAACUGAUUCCCGGCAGUCCCGCAGAUCGUUGUGGCGAGCUUAAGGUCGGUGAUCGCAUCAUCGCUGUUAAUCGCAUUGACAUUGCGGGCAUGUCGCACGGCGAUGUCGUCAAUCUGAUCAAGGAGUCAGGAUUGCAUGUCCGCCUUACCAUCGGUUGUCCGCUCAAAGAGGGUGGUCCAAGUCCCGGCGGCAGCAGCGUCGGGUUGGGAUCCAACACGCCUCUCCAGGCAUCGCCCAGCCUGCUGAAGGCGCCGCAGUCACAACAGCAACAACAACAACAACAGCAGCAACACCAACAGUUGCAGCAACUGGAGAUGCCGGGAUUGGGUCCAAUGCCUGGCAGCUAUUUGGAGCGUCCCAGCACAAAUAUUGCGGCCACACUUGCCCUCCACCAGCAGCAGCCACAGUUAUGACUCUGAGAUCUACGCAUUCGGCUCUACAAGAGCUUUCUCUAGUUACACAUAGUAGUUAAAUGUCAAAUGUACGUUUAUCAAGUGCAUUUUACAGUGCCGUAGUCUUAAUUUAGAACUGCUAAGUAACCCCAAAGACUGAAUUUAGUAAGCAAAUCAACCAUCAGCAUAUUCAAUACAUUAAUUUUUUGAAUCUACGUAGCCUUAGAACUUGGUUUCUUUUACAAAACAAUUGUAUAUCGUUAAGUAAUUAAUCAAAAUGAACUUGUGAGCUUCUAAACCAACUUGAAUCUGACUGUAAGAUAUAUCCGUUUGUAAGCAUAUAUAGAAAAUAUCAGUAUAUAUGAAUAUAGCUUAAGAGUUGUUUAUACACGCAUACCAUAAUCAUAGUUUACAAAUUGUACAAAUGUAAAGGACUUAAAUAUUUUUUAUCCAUACGUUUUUAA